GUCCUCCUUUCAAUGUUUUCCAUCCGUCACGCUCGAAAAUACGCAGGCUAAAUUCUCAUUACUUACCAUGGGCGACAUCGCAAACCCCACAGCCAAGUUCACCAUUGAAGGCGGGUUCGUUCAGAUUAUCAAUGGGCAAUCGGCUACUACGGAGAAGACGCGGCAUGGUGUGAACCCUGCGAGCCUUGAGCCCAAGGAAGAAGUUCCCGUGGCCUCCCGUGGCGAUGUUGAUCGCGCCGUCGCCGCCGCCCAAGCUGCGUUCAAGCUUUGGUCCAAGGUUCCGUACGAUGAACGACGAAAAGCCGUGUUGGCAUUUGCGGAUGCCCUCGACGGCAUGAGGAGCCAGUUCCGAGACCUCCUGAUAUCGGAGCAAGGCAAGCCGAUCCCUCAAGCGGACGUGGAAACCCACUUAUCAAUCAGUUGGAUAAGAGGCCUGGCCGACAUUCCGACUCCAGAGGAUGUGGUUGAGGACAGCGAGACCCGUACCGUCGUCACGAGAUACACCCCUCUCGGCGUGGUCGGGGCAAUCAUUCCUUGGAACUUCCCGCUUCUCUUGCUCACCGGAAAGCUUGCGCCAGCCCUGCUUACAGGGAAUGUCAUCAUUGUUAAGCCAUCUCCCUUCACACCCUACUGCGGCCUCAAGCUUGUAGAGUUAGCUCAGCAGUUCUUCCCACCGGGUGUCGUCCAAUCCCUCAGCGGUGAUGACGAUCUUGGACCGUGGCUUACAAGCCAUCCGGGGAUCGACAAGAUCAGCUUCACUGGAUCGACGGCGACUGGCAAGCUGGUCAUGCAGAGUGCGAGCAAGACUCUAAAGAGAGUGACUCUAGAGCUGGGAGGAAACGAUCCCGCAAUUGUAUUUCCCGACGUGGAUAUUGAUAAAGUUGCCGAGAAGGUCGCCUUCUUCGCUUUUUUGAAUUCUGGCCAGAUCUGUCUUAACUUGAAGCGAAUCUAUGUCCAUGAAACGAUCUUUGAGAAGUUCAAAGAGGCGUUGGUAAAGCACGUCAAAGGCUACAACAUUGGAGAUGGCUCCCGGGAGGGCGUCACACAUGGCCCGAUCCAGAAUUCGAUGCAAUACGAGCGGGUCAAGACCUUCUUCAGCGAUAUCAAGUCCCAAGGCUGGAAAGUAGCGGUGGGAGGCGAGAUUGAGACCUCGCAGGGGUAUUUCAUCACCCCGACCAUCAUUGACCGCCCCCCCGAGAAGUCUCGCAUCGUGGUCGAGGAACCAUUUGGUCCUAUCGUUCCUCUUCUUUCGUGGAAAGACGAGGACGAAGUGAUUGACCGAGCGAACGACUCCGACAUGGGAUUGGGUGCGUCGGUCUGGACGAACGACCUGGAGACGGCAGCCAGAGUCGCCAAGCAGAUCCAGGCAGGCAAUGUGUGGAUCAACAGCCACUUUGAACUGACUCCCUUGACGCCUUUCUCUGGCCACAAGGAGAGCGGCAUUGGAGUGGAAUGGGGCGCGCAUGGCCUCAAGAGUUUCUGCAACGUUCAGUCGUUGUUCUUCAACAAGCAUGUCGUGAGCUGAUGGGCUGUUCAUAGCUCGCCGGUGUUGGAUCUGAAUGGAUAUGGAUACAGGUUCUAUUUCACUCAAAGUAUUGCCAGUAUGGCAGCAAACUGCAACCCCAUUGAACCCCAUUGAAGAAUCGACACAUAUGAACUCUGAAUCAAAACCUACGGGGGCUUCGUUGAUUCGACGUGCCGUCAUCAGUCAGAAGGACGGGGACGGGAUUGAAUGCUGCGAUGCACUAACAACCAGCAACGGCUAGACCUUUAGCGUAUGGGCAGUGCGUCAUCUUGCAGCCAGCUGUCAUCCAUAUCGAGUAUAGUGC